UGGCGCUCUGUAGAACAAAACCGCUCGUUAUGAAUAACAAAGGGGACAACAUUAGGUGCAGUGAGUGGAGGGACGUAAAGGGACUAACCGGACUGGUCAAGUGAAUGUCAGGGACGGGAUGAGAAGGGACAUCGAACCCUUUGACCUGUCCCAAGUAUGGACUAGGAUGAAUUUUAACUCCCACAGAGAAAACAGUUGACAUAGGUUGCCAUGGAUACCGCAACAAUUUUCAGCUGCUGCCGAAAGUUGCACAUGUGCUGGUUUCGAGUCUUUUGUUUAUGUGCAAUAAUAAUUGUAAUAAACAACUUCUUGAUAGCAGGAACUCCAGUUAACAGGAGAAAUUUUAUGACUCCCAGAUUGCCAUCCAACAAAAUGACACACACAGCUUCUCCUAAAAAGUUAUUUCAUCCAUGGCUUGACAAAUUUGAAGAAGAACUUCUAAUGGGACUACCAUCAGGAGACGGAGGAAUGGACCAAUGGAACAACCUCGUACCAUUUGAAAAACCACAAUCCGAAUCUACUACAGACAAUUACUUCACACGAUCGCCAUUACCAGAAGACAUAUCUCCAAGUCCAUCUGUACCUUUCCUAAGUGAAAUAGAUACAUCAUCCGAUAUUAUAGAGAAUUUCAGUGAUGACGUGAUCAGCCGGAGUUCAUUUGUAUUUGAAGGUCCAUCGUCCAUGCUCAAUACCUACUUCUUCAGACCCAGUCCACAAUAUAGCUCGGUUGACAUCGCUCCGUCUCCAACGCUUGAAAGUUCUUCAAUUGCUCAAAGUGAUUAUUACCUCAGUGCCUCCUGGACAGAUGCGGAACAAUUUGAUUCCCCUUUUUUAAUGAGUAGUAGACGUGCCUUGUCUGAUUCACCAAGUGAAAUACUUGCUAUCAUUACUGCCAUUUCUGCUACGCACAUAUUUGGAGAAAAUGAACUGAGUUUUUUUACUAAUCCGUCCAUAAUGUCAUCGAAUGUUGCAUUGCCUUCAAUUUUAUCCAGUUCAGAUAAAUUAAAUCAUUUGCUUUCAACCGUCCAUUUAUUAAGUUCAGGUGACUUUUAUACAGUUUCAACAAGUGUUUCUUAUCUGAGUAGUCAGACACAUGAAAUAUUUUUAACGACAAGUUUAUCAUCACAUGUACAGUCUAGCAUUACAUUCGAUGAAACGACUUUAUUCCAAACAGAUUUAUCGUCGUCAUUUCCUAGCGAUGUUUUUCAAGAGUCAUCGGGCAUCAUCAAUAAUAUACCUCCAUCAGCCAAUAAGACUUCAAUAUUUUUUAAACCAUUCACUUCUUGUGAACAAACUAAUUCAGUUUAUAAUUCAAGUUCCAUCGAAAAUUCUGAAUCAUAUAACAAAACAACAACGAGCAUAAAUUUUAUUUUCCCAACUCUAAAAUCGAGCGGAUUUUUCGACAUAUUUACACCGAGAACGUAUUUCUUGAGCAACGUGGAAACAACAGUAACAAUUGUUGAUAAAAAAUCAUUUUCACAUGUAAUUCCAACUUAUACAAUUUCUGGAUCUUUGAUUCGUACAACGCAUAUAAACAGCAUAGAAUACUUUGUACCUGUAAGCAUAAUCACCGAAGAUUUUAAUGAUGCAUCGUUUUUAAUCUUACCAUCUAGGGCUAGUUUAAAUGAUAUGCAAAGCCAAACUGAUAUUGGAAAGUCUGAAUUUGAUAAUAAACAUGUGACGCUUGGUAAUUAUAUGUCCAUAGAUGAAACAGAUUCAACAAGCAGAGAAAAUAUUUUGUCGCAAUCACAAAGCAAAACAAACUUCAAUCCUAUAGCAUCUUCUGAAUUGUCAGACAAUUUUCUGUCGAGUACUAAGAGGGUAUCUUUAAGAUCGUCCGAAGUUUCACCUUCAGAAAAAUCUCAAAACCAGUUCAACAUUUCUUUUCCAACAGCUGACAUUUUAACGAUUCCUUUGUAUGAAACAAAAACACUUUUUAGAACAAAUUCUUUAGGUUUUGAUGAAAAUACCGAUACUGAUGCAUUAAUUCAACCUUCUGAUAACUUUGAGAAUGGUUUAGAUGCUUUGUUUACAACCAAUGUAGAUGAUUCAAACACUACACUUCCUUUGAAUGAAUCUGAAAGUAAACAGAAAUUCCCUAUUACUUUUGAUAGUUCUUUGCAACCUCAUGCUACAGAGAAUAAUCGUGAGACUGUAACACAUCACGUGACUGUUAGAUCUUUGAAGGAUUCUAUCAGCUAUGAGGCUUUCGAGGAUCCCUAUGCACAGUUUACUUCAAGCAGGCUGGAUACAUCAUCAAUUAUAGGAUCAGAAGCCUCAUUUGGCUCUUCUUUUCUUGAGCUGAAAAAUCAAAGCUCAUUAGAUUGGGGAGUUCCAUCAGCUAAACUGAUCUAUCCAAGCUCAUCAGAUUGGGGAGUUUCAUCAGCUGAACUAAUCUAUCAAAGCUCAUUAGAUUGGGGAAUUUCAUCAGCUAAACUGAUCUACCCAAGCUCGUUAGAUUGGGGAGUUUCAUCAUCUGAACUAAUCUAUCAAAGCUCAUUAGAUUGGGAAAUUUCAACGCCGGUUCCAAGCGAGUAUGAAAUAACGGAAUCAGUUAACCUUUCUUCUCAAAAUUACAAUACUGGCUUAUAUGAAUUAACACCUUCACUAACAUACCACGAUAAUACCUUUAACACCGUAUAUCAACCAUUUAAGACCUCAAACUCUUCAAAAACAUAUCAAGUAUUUCAGUCAGUAACUGAACAAUAUGAUUCACAACUCGAAACCAGUUUAAUAUAUGAUUUUCCCGUUACAAUUUCACCAUCUUUCAAAGAUGAAAAUAUGCAUACUGAAAAAACCUUUCCUCAUACAUUGUCUAGCGGUGUCAAAAGCGAUGUUUCGCUGAAGCAAUCGCAAAAAGUCAACUCCAUGCAUGAGGCUACUACCGAUAUUUAUCUCCAAAGCGGUUAUUUUUCUUACAUUUCAUCAGAUGAUUACACAAGUACUAACUACAUUCAUACAGAGAAUACUGAAACUUAUAAUGACUUGGAAUCUGUACAAAUGGUUACUCCAACACUGAGCAUGAGGAAUCACUUUGAAAAUAGUUACAUGACUGUUGAUAAUGCUUUUGACACAUUCAAUAUUGAAGAUGACUCCUCAAAAAGUUUUACCACUGCAUCAUUUAUAAGCAUGCAAUCAGAAGAUUCAAAAUCAGACCACUUCGCCCAUAGUUUUCAAUCUAUGGUUGGGUCUGAUGAUUAUAUAGGUAUUUUUUCAUCCAGAGCUCCAUUGCUAUCUUAUUCUUUCUCACAUACUUAUUGGAAAGAAAUUACACCAACAUUUAGUUAUCCUAUUGAAUUUAUGACAAAAAUUUCAGAUAUGUCGUUUUCAAAAUAUCAUGACAGUACAAAAAUUUAUAGCGAAUUUCCAAAAUUUUACUCAAGUGAUGGUUUAAUGUCUGAUGAGAAUAGGGUAAUAAGUGUAUCGAAUGGUAUGAUGUCGGUUGAUUACGCAGCGUUGGAUUAUUCGAAAGUAAUUCCCUCAAAUUCCACGUUGCAUAAUAUUGUGGCAACUACAACUUUAAGUGACGUUAUGAUGCAAACUCAGUAUUUUUCACAAAAACCUACUUUGUAUAAAGAUUCUCUAUCAGAAUCAAUUAGUCAAACUUAUUUAAAUGAGAAUAUUACAAGGGAGAUUCCAGUUACUGUUUUGCCUUCCGAAUUUAAGUGGAAUUCUUUCGAAAGUAAAACAAAAUCGGAAAAGGUAACAGAUGAUUCAAUUGAAACGUUCAGUGUAACUAGCAGAUUAUUUCCUGAACUUACACCUAGUCCCCGAAAUUUGAUUUCACAUUUCAGUUCUAAUAUAUUCGAUCCCUCAGUAACUAUUAAAUCCGUUGAGUCAUUUGUUAGUUCUACAUCCAACAAAAACUUUGAAUAUAUUUCAAGCUCCACUCUAUCUGAGAGUAUAAAAAUACAAGAAGUAAGUUCGGAAAUAGUUGCAAGCUCCAUAACAUUAGAAGACACCAAAGAGUCUGAUUCAGAAUCUAUGUCACCAAAGCCAUACAGCGAAUUCUUAAAAUCUACAUUUUUUAGCAACGAAACAUGGACAUCAAUUAUGCCAUCAUUUAAUUCAAAAAAUUCAACUUCCUUUGAAACCGACUCUUUGAACUUAUCUACCAGAACGAUAAAAGAUUCUGCUGAAAGUUUAAAACACCAUACAGUAUCAGAAACUUUACCUCUUUAUUCUUCGCGAGUAAUGUUUGAAACGAAAUUAACAUCUAUUACCAUUUCAAAUAAACUAACAGAUCCUUUAAGCAUUGAAUCUGAUCAUCCAAAACAAGUAAUUCCAAGUUCUGGUAUUCGCAAACCAAAAGAUCCUACAAGUAUUGAAUCUGAUCAUCCAAAACAAGCAAUUCCAAGUUCAAGUAUUCACAAACCAAAAGAUCCUUUAAGUAUUGAAUCAGAUCACCCAAAACAAAUAAUUCCAAGUUCAAGUAUUCACAAACCAAAAGAUCCUUUAAGUAUUGAAUCUGAUCACCCAAAACAGAUAAUUCCAAGCUCAAGCAUUCAUAAACCAAAAGAUCCUUUAAGUAUUGAAUCUGAUCACCCAAAACAAAUAAUUCCAAGUUCAAGUAUUCGCAAACCAAAAGAUCCUUUAAGUAUUGAAUCUGAUCACCCAAAACAAAAGACGACAAACCCAAUAAUAUCCGUAACAAUCCAAAUCAAACCAACAUCGGUUAUUCCAGAGCCGAAAAGUAUAGAUUCAGAUAUUCCUAAACGAACACCUUUAUUUAAUUCUGCCCGUUUGACUUCAUCUAUUCUGUUACCUGUAAAACCUCACACUAACGAUUUAUCUUUAUUAUCGACAAAACCAAAAGAUCCAAUAAGUAUUGAGUCGGAUUUACCUAAAACAAAGACGUACCGUUCGCAAACUACUUCGUUUAAAAUGCAUUUUACAGACACACCAAAAGUCCAAAUAGACACAACCUCCUUAACUUUUAAAUCUACACCAAAGGUUGGUAAAGAGUUAUUUCCAACUAGGACAAUUGAAAUGGUAUCUGGCCAUAGUUAUGAAAGUAUGACAUCAGUUUUAGCAACCAGUUCUGUCUAUCACCAAUUAAGAAACUUCUCAGUUGAAGCCUCGGCAAAUAGAUCUUUAAGUGAAACGGUCACAUCAUCGAAUGAAUGGCUGAUUCCGACUAUGGACACGUCAUUGUUUAAAGAUGAUUACUACUGGAUACAAACAAUUCUAGAAGCUCCAGAGGAAGGUCAACUACCAGUAAAUUUUAGCCGCACCAUGGAAGUUCGACUUGCUAAUGCUUACAGCGAGGCAUUUCGAAGUAAACGUGAAAGUGAAGAACCAAUCAUUGUAAAGAUUCUCAUACUUAAAACCGAUAUAUUUCUUCGUCAAUUUGACAUCAUCUAUGUAGUUGAGAAAGGAGGUUCUUUAAUACCUGCUGCUUUAGCUGCCGAAUAUCUCAGUUUUCUGAGGUUUGAGCAACUGAGGCAGUUUUUGGGAUACCAUGCUAUAUUGAAAGCUCGUCCGUAUCGAUCCAAAGAAACUGAAACAGGAUCUCCUCUUCCAGUAUUAGCCAUAGUAGGAGGUACUUUGGGUACCUUAUUUCUCAUUUUUUGCUGUUUCUGUGUGUAUUGCCGUUGUUGCAGACCCAAGCCACUUCCUUCCAGUCCAGGUUCGUCAGCCAGUGGGUCAUUGGAGAGAUCUCUCUCCAAAUAUGGUCAACAUAACAGAAAACAUUUGUUCCGAGAAAUGACUCACCAGCUGACGGCCGAAAUGGCUGCCCAGAUGAAACAUGGUUCAACUGCCCCGGACACAUAUCUUGCUGAAAAAACAGGUCGGAGUCUGCCUACUUUACCUCGAGACACAAGCAUUGAAGAUAACACUUUUGAAAAGUCAUUGAAGAUAUUAAAGAUUUUAGAAAAUAAAGAUGCUUCUACAAGUCCGAUUCCUGGGAAAGCUGUCAAGGAAACAACAGAAUCAAGUAAAGCCAUUGAGACAAUAACGAAAAAGAAAAAACAUCCGAAACCAAAGAAAAGACGAAAAAUCAAAGACGUUCUUGAGCAAAGCUCAAAAGGUUUGACAAACGGACAAACUAUGCCACAAACACAAUCUGAAUCCCCUCCACCUACUCCGCCUACGAAAUUGGCUCUAUCAUCAGCAACCAUUGAUAAAGAACAAUCCAUUGAUUCCAGGCACAUUUCAUCCAAUCCAAGCACUCCUUCUGAUAAAGGAGAUGAAAGAGAAAGUGAGGGCUCUAAUGCAGAGCUGCUUCCUCCUCUCAAGGAUAUAAUAGCUCAAUCUAAAUCUGAAAGUGAAGCAGCUGCGGCAGAGACAAACCAGCAUCUAUCUAGAGUAAGACAGAGGAUAUCUGAGUUACUGGAAGAUGCUUUUGCUCUAGCUGGUGGCAGAAAGUUGCAUGGAAGCUUACGCAGUAAGAAGAUUGAGCCAACAACCAAUGAUAUUUUUUCAAGAUCUUCCAGCUUCAGAUCGCAGUCAGCAGAAGCAGGACCACAUACAAGGCAAGCGGGUGAUAUUGCAAGUGAUCCUCGACCCAUUUCAGAAGGUGGAGAAAGGUUGUUGGGAACAAUAACAGAUGAUGGUCAACUUAUAACACAAACUCAUCCACCACCAAAGUUGGUUUGGGAUGAACAGGCUGGAGCUUACAGUUCCGAUCGACCACCAGUAGAGGCAUGCAAUAAAAACAUUAACUUCUUCCCAUUCCAAUCCCAAAGAAUAGGUCAGUUGCCAGCAGCUGCUCACUCUUCCUCGUCACCUAUGCUAGAAACCCUGCCAGAGGGAAGUUUGGACACAACAGUACCUCUCUCAUCCACAAUAAACAUUCUACAAGAAGUUAUAUCAGAUCAAUAUUUGGGUCAUUCUUCCGGAAUGAAUCCGGCCACAGUCGGCCAGUAUGACGAAAUAGAUAUUGUCAAUUCUUUAAGAAAUGGCGAACCGGUCGAAUCCUUGAUACAAGCUAUCAAAGAUGAACUUCAGAAAUUCAAUGGAUCGCAACCGAAAUCAAAUGAAAAUGAAAGCAACGCUUAAUGCUGGUACUAUUUUGUUAUUGGAUACACUAGAACCUGGUGACAGUCAACCAGAAGGAUGAGAUAUUCUCAGUUCUUUGAUGCAGCAGUUCCCAAUUUUUUUUUCUUUUGAGUACUUAACUGUAAAUAAUCAAAAUUUUUUCGGUGGAACCCAGGCUUUACAAAUGAAGUUAAUUAAGGUAAUUGUGAACGUUUUUACCUAUAAAAGAUUAGUUUUAAAAUAUUUGAUUAGAGGAAUGAAAUUUUUUCAUCGUUUUAUCAUUGAUAAAGUUAAAUGAAGUUUUAUGCCCAACAGUUAAAAUUUGUAAUAAUUCCUUGUACUAUAUCUAAAAAAAGUUUUUGGCACAUAUGUUGCCGGCAAAGUAUGAAACGCCGGAAUUCUACAUAAUGCCCAGACAUUGUAUAUAAUGCCGGAUGUUUUUAGGCAAGAUAUGGAAUAUGAGAAGUAUUACAUACUUUCCCAAGGCCUUGUAUAUAAUACCUAAGCAUUCUAAAAGAAUGACAAAUGCUAUUUAGGUAAAGUAUGAAAAAAAACGUUCUGAUUAGGUUAUAAUGUAAAUGAUGUGCAUUUCUCAAAAAUAAAAAUUUUAUUCUGAAAAAAAAUAAAGAGUGCCAUUAAAAAAAAAUUAUUCAAAAUGCGUAAAGAAAAAUGAAAGUUGUACAAAACAUAAUUUAUGCCUUUCUUAUUAAGGGAAACAAAAUUUUCAUAUAAAAAAUAAGAAAUUAACCUACUUGUUGCAACAUGGCAGGCUUGAAUGGCAUUUUGAAUUACAUUUCAUUACAUUAUGAAAUGAAUUGGAGAUUAUUUUAUACUUUGACGGUUUCUCAUUUGGCAUUCUAUAGAAUGCUUAGGAAAUGGGAGAAAUAUAAAUGCCUUCAUACAUUGCCGGCUAGUUUUAGGCAUAAUAUACCAUACCUAAGCAUUCUAUAGAAUGCCGGAUUUCAAACUUUGCCAGUAGCAUAUAUACAUAAGCUGAAAAUGAAUAAAAUAUUCCGAAUUCUGGUUUACUUUGAAAUCGUUCUUAUCAUAAUUUGAUCAAUAUAUCGUUGUUAGAAAAACAAUAUUUUCUUUUAAAAAAAUACCAUUUUUAUAUACUUCAUUAGCAUUUUACUUAUAACAAUUUCAUACAGGCAACUGAAAAAUUACAUAAAUUUUGUAUAAUAGUUUGGAUUUAAAUAUAAUCAGAGGUUUAAAAACUGAUCACUGGUUAAAAAAAAACUUACAAAACCUCUUUAAACCUUCUACCGAACCCUAGGAAUCCACGGUCACACCAUUUGGAAACUGCUGCUUUAAGGAAAGGUGAAUUAAUUGAAGUACUGAUGCAAGCAAUUCAGAAGUUCAAUGAAUCAAUUAACACCAGAUGAAAAUGAAAGCAAAGGCUUAGUGCUGAUAUGAUUUUGUUAUUUAUACAUAGUUUUUAGAGAUUUAUUUAUGAAACAAUUUUAUAUUGUGAUAUAUGUUUGUGGAUGUUAUAAAUAUAGAUCAGUAAAUUUAUAAAUGUUUAUAUGCAAUACUUGAUAGAUUUUUUUAAUAAAAGAUUUGUUACCCAGAA